GGAAUAAAUGUACCGAAAGAAGCGAGAAAAUACCGAAGGGAACGAACACACCAAGAGAACAAAGAGAACGAGAAAACACCAAAGAGAAUAAAUAUACUGAAGAGAAUGAACACACUGAAAGGAACGAAAUGCACUAG